AUGCAUCGUUGGCAAGACCCGGAUGGGCUAAUUGCCGGAAAAGACCUGCAGGCGGGCGGCACCUGGCUCGGCGUGAACAGUCGCGGUCAGUUCGCUGCGAUAACAAACUUUCGUACCGCCAGUGCAGCGCAGGAAGGUGCGCUGAGCAGAGGUAAGCUUGUCGUUGAUGCGUUAUCGCAACCGGCUUUGACUCCUAAGGACAGCCCCAGCCCGUUUGACCUGCAUCUGGAUCAGGAGCAUCAUCGUUACAAUCCAUUUAACCUGGUAUUUGGCGACAUAUCUUUGCUGCAGGCAUGGGACUACCGCAGCGGCGCCCGGCGCCCGCUGGCGCGCGGAUUUCACAGCGUUAGCAACGGCCCAAUUGAUGAGCCAUGGCCGAAGAUGUCACAGGGCGUCGCGCAAAUUGCCAAAAUCAUUUCACACCAGGAUGACCUCGACCUGAGAAUGCUUACAAUAACAAUGCGGGAUCAGACAAGGGCUCCGCUAUCGCAGCUCCCUCAAAUCGGCGUCACCGCUGAAAAGGAGAGAGCACUUUCGUCAAUAUUUAUCGAAGGGCAGGUUUAUGGCACACGGACCACAACUAUUCUGUUGUUUGAGCCUGAGGAAAUAUCGAUCCUUGAAACUAACUACAACGUUGACACGACGGUGGCUUCGACUCUAAAUGAUACGGUAAAACUUUGA